AUGGCAGACGCAGAAGAAAAGGAGCGCCAGAAGCAGGAGAAGCUUGCUGCCGCAAGGAAGCGCGUCGAGCAAAUGAAGAAGAAGAAGAAGAAGGAUGCGUCUUCCACAAAGGCAGAGCCCAAGGGUGAUGCAGAGGCGUCUGCCCCCGACACCGUCGAAGACACCCCGGAGCAGAGCCAGGAGGCUCAACCAGAUGAUAAUGCCGCCGACGACAACAAGGCUACCGAAGAUGACAAGGCUACCGAGGAACCUAAUGUCGAAGAAGAGCCCAAGGUUGAGGAGGAGCCCAAGGCCGAAGAAGAACAAACAGAAAAGGCCGUCGAGUCGCCGCCCUCCGACACACCAUCCCUUGCGCAACAAUCAAAGCUCAGGUCCACCUCUUUCCGCGCCGGCUCGAUUGUAGGCCCGGGGCCAAUGUCACCUGGGCCAUUCAGCCCCGAGGGUGACACGCUUCCUGACAUCUAUAGAAAGCAUGUGGCUAGAAUAGAAGAGCUGGAGAAGGAGAACAAGAGACUCACCAAGGACGUAACCGACUCGGAGAAGAGGUGGAAGAAGGCAGAGGAAGAGUUGGCUGAUCUGCGUGAAUCUGACGGCAAAGACAGCAAAGAUGGCCAAACAGAGAAGCUGAAAGAGGAGAUUGCGUCUUUACAGCGUCAAAAUUCUCAGCUACAGCAGCAAGUGUCACGCACCUCUGGUCACGCACAUCGUCAAUCAGUGUCAAUAAACGCUUCCCCUCCGUCAUUGCAAGCCGAACUGCAGGCCAAAUCAACCCAGAUUGAGCACAUGGAGGGUGAAAUAUCAAAGCUCAAGGCUCUCGUCGAGCGCCAGGAGAGCGGGGCGUCUUCAGAAAAGGAGCAGAUAACCGCACUGGAAGACAAGGUUGCCCGCGCUGAAGCCGCAGCAGGCAAAGCUCAGCGUGAACUGCAAGACUUGAAGAAGAACCUUGAGCGAACCACCGAGAAGGCUGUCCGCGAAGGCAGCGAGCGAACCAGUGCUGAGACAAAGGCGAAGACACUGGAACGUGAACUAGAUGAAGCAAACAAAGCAAAGGAGGAAUUGGAGAAGAAGGCUGAGGCGCUUGAGAAAAAGGUCACAACGCUGACUACUCUGCAUAAAGAGCAGGACGCACGGUCACAAACCCUGAGGAAAGACAAGGAGAAGGCAGAAAGUGAGGCUCAGGAACUGCGGUCCAGGGUUGAAAAGCUAGAGAGCGAAAACGCCAAACUUGCAAGCCGCAAGUCGGCAGAUGGCGGUGGUGGCCUUGACGACGAGGGCGUUGAUGAACUCGAGGAUGAGGGCAGACUCAAGCUCGAGAAAAAGAUUCGUAGCCUCGAGGCGGAGAUUCACGAGCUUCGCAGCGGCGCUUGGAUCGAGAGACGACGCGAGAUGGAAGCCACCAGUCCCGGGUUCGACGACGUGGAUCUCUCAGGCAACAACCACCCUCCCGCGCACAAGAAGGGAUCAACGGGUGGCAUUGGCGACUUUAUCGCACAUGGCCUGAAUGCCCUGGCAGGAGGCGGCGAUGACGAUCUGCUGGCUGAUGACGAUGUGGAGUUUGACGAAGAAGCUUUCAGAAAGGCCCACGAGGAAGAGGCGAAGAGGCGGAUAGAAAGAAUCAAGGAGAUUAAGCGGUCGCUGAAACACUGGGAGGGAUGGAGGCUGGACGUUGUGGAUGUGCGGAGAGGUGGAGGGCAAGGGAUUGGAGAUAUUUUUGACAUUUAGUCACUGGGUGAUGCCUCAGAUUCAAGAAUACAAAUAAAUAAAGACAGUUUAUUUC